GUGUGCCUUAAGGCCACACCCAAAGCAUAGCGAGUGUACGACAAGUGAAUGCAGUGUUUGCUGUGUUUGCAGUGUUUGUGUCGUAUUGUGUACUGAAAGCCAAUAUUACAGUAAACAUGAAAUAGAGGUCUGCAUUGGAUUAGCUGUGGAUCACAUGUUUGUCUCACAACAAGUCCUCACCAAAUAAUCAUCUCUUCUGAUGACCAAUGAGUGGACGCCAGCCGUCGGGUGAGUCACCGUGACACAAGUGUUGGCUAAAGCAAAGGGAGACGACUGUUGGCGACGUCCGCCUCAUUUCGUGCCUCAGUGUCUGAAGAGUGUCUCAAAUCAAUCCGAUUGCCAUAUUGGCCACCAUCUGACGCAUGGGUGGUAUCAUUGAUGGUCUAAACGCUUUCACUCCACUCUUUACUGUCACACCAAUCCAUCCAAGAGUUUGACGACAAGUGCCACACAUCAGCACUGGGGGAGCACUGCAUCAUCUGUUGAUCAAGUGAUCGGUUAUGGCAAUGGUUAACAGUUUGGCCAACGUUAAGGACUCCCGUUGGCUACAACUCGAAGUGUGUCGCGAAUAUCAACGAAAUAAGUGCACCCGACCUGACCAGGAGUGCAAGUUUGCACAUCCGACCACUCAUGUCGAAGUCCAAAAUGGCAGAGUUAUCGCAUGCUAUGACUCCAUUAAGGGUCGUUGUAACCGAGAGAAGCCCCCGUGUAAGUACUUCCAUCCGCCACAGCAUCUUAAGGACCAGCUCUUGAUCAACGGUCGCAACCAUUUGGCUCUAAAGAAUGCUUUACUCCAACAAAUGCCUCUCCAGACCGUCCUUACGAGUCAAAUACCAAUGGACCAGCUCUUGAUCAACGGUCGCAACCAUUUGGCUCUAAAGAAUGCUUUACUCCAACAAAUGCCUCUCCAGACCGUCCUUACGAGUCAAAUACCAAUGGUGGGACCGACUCCUACUAGUUUGUUGACGGCUGCAUAUAACCGCCCGCUGGCCCAUCACAUUGCUGGCCAACAACGGGCAGCGGCUGCAGUCGUGGCCACUGCUAGCCUUUUAAAUGGUGCCGCCGGACACGCGUCCAAUAAUAUCGCUAACUGCGUUGAAUCGCAAAUGUCGAGCGAUUGCAUGACUAAACGGAUCUGUCUGUCCGUCACUGCCAUUGCCUGCGAGCGGCUCUCAAACACUUGA